GCCCCGCCCGGUUCUGCCGGCUACAGCCAGGACUUUCACGAUACACUUGAGGUAACGAGCUGAACCGGUAAACCGGCAGCACUGUACCCGUGUGCUUCUCCAGUGCACGCGCUUCCGGCACACAGCUACAGUCAUACUUAACCAUCAGAGUGCAAACCGAGACAUGGCUGCGAAUCGGGUGGGAAGACGGCAUAACAGCAAAGUGCAUUCACCGAGCAGAGGUUCGGGUCGGGAAUCAGGACUGAGUGUGCAGAAGAGACAAGCCCGAGUUACAGUGAAAUAUAACAGAAAGGAGCUGCAGAGGCGUCUGGAUGUGGAGAAGUGGAUAGACACGGGGCUAGACGAGCUCUACUUGGGAAGGGAAGAGCACAUGCCAGAGGAGGUGAAUAUUGAUGAGCUUUUGGACCUGCAGAGUGAUGAGGAGAGGACCAAAAGGCUCCAGGAUAUUCUCCAUUCCUGUAAUACUAACACAGAAGUAUUUAUUAAGGAGCUGGUCCUGAAGCUUCAUGGGCUUCAGAAACAGGAAGACCUCCACAAUGACGGCAUUGAGCAUCCUCAGCUCCACAUCUUCCCAGAUCGCCAAAACUCUGCCAAUUCUGAAAUACUUUAAGAUGCACUGACACUGCACCCUGCUUGUAUGGACAGACCAUUUUCUGUUUAACCCAACCACUGAAACACUGCUGUUUAGUUUUAGUGUUGUAAUUUUAACCGAGACCUGAACUGAAAUGCAUGAUCAUCCAGAAAGAUCUAAUUCAGCACUCAAACAGACACACACAUCUAUUUAUUGGCUUUUAACAUGACAAUUAAUGCCUGGUUGUAUAAACCAAGUUUCACAAGUAAAUAAGAAUGAGAUUAUUUAUUUAUUUUUUUUUAUUUUUUUUUAUGAGCAGUUUUCAGCUUUUUUCUAGUAAAUGUUGAAGGUUUAGGUGGUUUGUACACACUUUCUUCAUGUGGUCCCUAUAUGAGUUGUGAGACUUUUCCGCUUCUUGUGGUAACCACUGUAGUUUCUAUGCCAUGUGGGACCUUUGGUUUUGUAAAAUCAAACUAUAUCAUAUGAGACCAUGGAAUUCUAGGUGUCUUAUUUUGAAUGCAUAAAUCAGUUAUAAAUAUAUAUAAUUUAUAAAUGUUAAUUACAUGCAAAUUAAUAUAAGUAUGUGAGAAGGUUUCAUGCAAAAAUAUCAACUAAUUAAUGUUUGACCUUAUUGGUAGUCAAAACUUUAUGGCUCAACAUUUUAAAAUGAUAGAAAUGUUACAUAGACCCUUAUCAUUUCAAGCUCUUGAAUGGCUCUUGUCAUAAUGUAAUGUAAUUUUCAUAAUGUAAUGUUUUAAGUUGUACAAUCCAUAAGCAUAUCCUGUGUUGAAGUGACUCUGUGCUCACCUGAGAUUUUGACUCAAAAGGAAACUGUAGGUGCUGGUUCGAUCAUGGUGAUUUUACUGUACAAGACCAAAGAUUUUUAUUUAAUAUGUUUCAUUUGAAUGUGUAUUUAAAGUCUUUAUGACGACUUUGUUUGUUCUGAUUGUUUUAUCAUUAUUACUAUUUCAUUCCCCUUCAGUAGACUAUCACAGGAACACUGGGAACAAAGCAGAUUAUGAGGCAUUUAGAGUAACCAGUCCACCUUCCAACCUGUUUUUUCGGAGGGAGGAAACCAGAGACCCCAGAGGAAAGCCAUUUGAAGGAACAUGUGAGAACAUGUGAUCUUUCACACAGGCAAUCAACUGGAGCUGUGAGCCGUUAUUAUUAAUAUUAUUUUUCAAGAAGAGGCAAAGGAAAUCAUACCGUUUCCAUCCAUCCAUUUUCUAUACCGCUUAUCCUACCGGGUCACGGGGAACCUGGAGCCUAUCCAUAGGGUUCAUACCGUUUCAUUAAAUGGAAUAUGAUUUACAUGCAUUUUAAGCUGAUCAAUAUCAGUGUUACAUUUUAAUUCACAUACACAUGUACAAUACAUCUGAAUUUUUACUUAUAUAUUUACACAAAGCUCUGAUGAAGGCUUGGUUUCUUAAUGAAGUCAUGAGGUAUUAAUUUAUUGGCUGCUGCUACUUCUACAUAAAAAGCUGCUUGAGAUCACACUUAUAUCAACAUAUAUACUAAUCAUCCAAUCAUGUAGCAGUAGAACCAUGCAUAAAAUCAUGCUUCAGUUAAUGUUCACAUUAAACAUCAGAAUGGGGAACAAAUGUGAUUAUUGGGGGAAAAAACAUUGCCUGGUCUUUUUCCAAUCUUUUUAACUUUAGCCUCAAAUUCCUGUUCUUGGCUAACAGGAGAGGAACCCAGUAUUAUCUUCAGCAUGCUUUGCAUUCUGAACUGCUCACCAUGGUUGUAAAGAGUAAUUAUUUGAGUUUCUAUAGCCGUCCUGUCAGGUCGAACCUGUCUGGUGAUUCUGCUUUGAGCUCUCUCUGUUGUGUGUGAAAAUCUCAGGAGAUCAGCAGGUUCUGAAAUAAUCAUACUAACCUGUCUAGCACCAACAGCCAUGUCAUGUUAAGUCACUGACAUCACAUUUCCCUCCCAUGUAUGAUGUGAAGAUUAUCUAAAGUUCUUGAUUGCACAAAUAUUUAAUUACUAAUUGAUGAGACCAGCUUUUGGUUUUCGGAAUAAAAUUACACGUGAGAUUUGUCUUUGUUAUUUUAUGUUUUAGGAUCAUAGCAUUACUCAAUCUGUUUUGCUGUAACAUCCUCAGGAUUCUACUUACUUUAUUAGUCUCUUAUAAAAGGUUCAUUUUAGAUAAUGUAAAUUUGUUAUGUGUGUACUUGUUAAAACUGUCAGACGUUUCUGUUUUAAAUAAAAGAGUUUAAAUAUCA